AUGGCUCCAUCAUCGAGCCAGAAGGGGACAGGGAAGAAGGGGGGUGCCAGCGCAAUUCGCCAACAGCAGCAACAGCAGCAGCAGCGGAGCCGCAACACCACCCCCGGCCCCGCGCCCCCAUCUGCCAGUCUUCCUCCAUUCGAAACUAUCGAGACCGAAACCAUCGAGCUGCGUUUUGAUAUCUUUCGCAAUCUGACCUUCGAGGACAUGGUGGAUCCACCCGCCUCUAGCACGCCGAUCCCCGACUCCAAAAGCCUCGACGGCAUCCUCACGCGUCUGCAGCGACUGGGCGAUGUGAUAGAGAAAAGAGGAAGCCAUUGCGACCGCGGAAUGAGGCUGCUCGCUCUGAGCCGUAGGCAGAGGAUGGAUGAGCUCGCCAUGGAGCGGGGCAGAGAAGAAGAGCGGAGACAGCGUGCCGCCGACGACGGGGAACGCGAAAGAAAAUCAAAUAAGAAGAAGCGCAAAGGCGCAGACUCGCUCGCACCCAAUGCCGGGAACACGGAACGAUCAUCGCCCCUCCGCGACUCGACAGGAAAAGCUAGAAAAUUAUCUCGUGGCAAGGACUCGGCUAGUUCCUCACUUUCGCCGGUUGCGCCCCGGACGCCGAGCAACAUGGACGUCGAGGACAAAGCCAAGACCGAAGCGAACGACGACGACUCUAGUUCUGACGAUGGCCGUCCGCCACCCCCCGCGCGGCCGCAAGCCAAUACAUUCGGCGAUGAUCCUUCUACGUUCCCCGACCCGACCGUUUACGAGAUCCUACCCAUACAACCGGGCAUGACCGAGGACGAAAUAAAAGAAAUAUACUCGGUCGCAGGAUACCCCAAGAGCGACCUGGCAGACCUCAUCGCCGGCGAUCCCCCAGACAAAGACUUCAGUAGCGCCAAGCCCAGCAACCAGAUCAACUUCAGUACCUUCAGCACCUACAUCGAGCCAUACUUCCGGCCCUUCACAGAGGAAGAUCUUGCAUUUCUUCGGGAGCGAGGCGAUCGCAUGAUACCAUUUGUCAUGCCGAAACGAGGCAAGAGACACUACACGGAGAUUUGGGCCGAGGAGGAUGCAUGGAUGGAUGAGGUGGCCGAGACUGACAAGCUCUCCGUCGGCCCCCUCCUGUCACGGCUCCUCCAAGCCAUGCGUCCGGAGCAUCGCGCACCACCAGCCGAAGACAAGCCGAGUGGUCUCAACGGCAUCGGCGGCGAUGGCGACGGCACUAACGGAGUCGCUACCUUUGACUUUAGCUUCGGCGAUAACCCACCAACCAGCCAAUCUAACGGCGGUGCUAAUGGCGUCAACGGCACGCCCUCUCAACGAACCCCGACCUACCCCCACAACCCCCAAGCCCUUCCGGCCGCAACCUACAUGCCAGAGUCCAACAGCGAACCCUUGGAAAAAAGGCCACCCACCCAAAAACUAGACUACACCCAAGUCGACGAACGCAUUAAGCAGGAGCUCCGCCAUAUCGGUUUCCUCCCUCUCCUCUCCCAAGACGCCCCCAACACCAACGGCGGCGGAUCCUCCAACAACCCAAACGGCACCAACUCCUCCGGACCCGGCGGCAGCGGCAGCGGCGCCAACAACGGCAGCAACACCAACGGCGGCAGCAGCCUAUCCACCGCCGCCGACCCCGCCGCAACAGCCGAAUACGACGGGCACUACGACGACGAGGUCGCCGCGCGCAUGCGGCUUCUCCAAGCCCGGCUGCGCGAGCAGGUGCUCGUCAACGGCGCGCGCAAGGCGCGCCUCACCGAACUCGUCAAGGAGCGCAUGGCCUUCCAGGAGUACCAGACCAUCCUCGAGGACCUCGACUCGCAGGUCCAGGCUGCCUACCUCAAGCGCACGCGCACCAUGGGCAAGAAACCCAAGAAGGCCCGCCCGGGCCAGUCGGCGGCCGCGGCCGCUGCUGCCGCUGCCGCUGCGGGCGGGGGUGCCGGGGCGGGUAUGGCGCGGCCGGGGAUUGGGGAUCUGACGAGGACGGUGAUGGAGCGUAGGAGGCGAAAGGAUUGA